UAUAUAUCCCUAGGUAUAUCCACAAAAGUGAUACAUUGAAAGUAUUGAAUGCGAUAUUCGCAUGGGAUACACACAUUUGCUGUGUGCUACGUUGCAUAUACUCACAAGCAGAAUCUAAGAUUACUUGGAAAUUAUUGCGUGUGCUCGAUUGACAGUUGACUCGUUGACUUGUCGAGUUUAUUAUGUAUUUUCACAAUGUAUCUCGAUAAACAUGUCCAUAUGUUUACUUUGUAGUCACCUCGUUAUCCUAAUCCAAGUAAAUGCUUUGUGUCCAUGUUUAUGAGACUUUUUUUUCGUAUUGAAAGCUUUGCUUGAAUCAUCUCGAAACAUUCAACACAGCAAAAUAUAUAAUGUAAAAUAAUAUGAAUAAAAAUCAUUGGCAACAAACAGAAUUUCGAACAUUGAUGGAUAAAAAAGACGGAAAAACGUAAUGAAGAGUGUGUGUAUGGCGUGCGCAAUGAUAUAUAGAAUUGACAUGAACAACACGCAAUUCGUCAAGUGAAUACUUAAAAGAGACAACACUCUUGGCUUAUCACUUCAGUCGUGCAACAGGCGUUCAAACGGAAACAACCCAAAACAAUGACAAUAUAAUGACUCCGUACAAUCUUAACGAUAUGUAAUAUUCAGUCAUUUUAUUUCAUUGUUUGUUCAUCGAGUUGGUGUUUAAACAAAGUGGGUGUGUACAAUUGUACAAACGGAGUCGUUAAAUAUUUGGAGUUCAACGAAUAGAACAGUCGGAAAUGGUGUAAAAUAAAUUGGAGUUCAUUCAAACUUAUUUAUUCCAUAUGUUUGGAUUUGUGAAAAAAUAAUAAAAUAAACAGUAAAGCUUCGAAAUCGAUAAACUGUUUAAACAAAGGAAAUAAUAUAAAGAAGCAAAAAGUAACGCGAUUGUAGCAAAAAGUAACAGCAUCGUUCAAUUAUCGGCGUAUCGGAAAAUAAGGGAAACGAACCAUUUGAGCUAUGUAAUCAAUGAAUGGUUUUUGUUGUGUGUGUGUGUAUUUUUUUUUAUUAAAUAAUGAAUUUCCAAGGGCGAGACAAUGAUAUGAAAUUUACAGUCUGUCCCAGCGAUAGACAUUUAGCAUUGAGAGCCAAACUUCAUUCGGGAUGGAGUACAGGAAAAACAUCGGCAACAUCACUUAAUCCAGCUGAGCGUGAUGCGAUUAUCGAUGUUAUACAGAGAAAUGAAUUACUCGAAACCGCCGAACGUGAACGGGUUGGCAAAAUUAUUGACCGCGUGGAAAAAAUCAAACAACGUACCACGGACUUUGGACCACGAAAUUGUUGUAGGCUGUGUGGUCAAGGUUUUGGUCUUUUAAGCCCAUCAAAAAUUAUUUGUCAGAAUUGCCGAAAGCCUGUGUGUUCAAAAUGUUCUAUUGAACUUCAUGUUAAGCAUGGCACCAGUUUAAACAACAUUUGGUUAUGUCAAAUAUGUUCUGAAAUACGUGAAAUGUGGAAAAAGACUGGCGCUUGGUUUUACAAAAGUCUCCCAAGCUAUGAUAAACUACAAAAACCAACGACUGCAAGAUCAGUAAGCCUUACAAGUAAUUCGCCACCAGAAAGGACACGAAAUCGCCGAAUCAAAGUGACCGACAGCAGUUCAGAUGAUGAGGAAAAUGCGGAAGCAUGCAUAAGAUCAAGUUCGGUUAGCGCAAAACGAAGUAGUUCUUAUUUUCUGGAAAGAAUGAAUAGCUUACGUUCGAGACCAUCAAAUUCAACAUCUAGCUUAAAUGACGAUGGAUUUUUUUAUCGUAAACUUUCAUCGUUAAAUCUCUUUGGUCGAUCUCCAUCAACUAUGAACAAUCGAACUGAUGCAACCGAUGCAAAUGGACAAUAUUCCGAUCACAGUUCGUUAACAUUGAAUGAAAUGUCGGCGACAACAUCAAAUAGUCAUCAAACCAUUGUAAGACGUGAUUCGAAGAAUGAGCCAAGUACUUCUGUGUCUUCUGAAACUUCAUCGGCAAAUGACACCAGUUAUGGUAUAAGUAUAGGUAUGAUGACAAUGAAUUCGAUGUCAAGCUCAAUCUGCCGAGAACAGCCGAUGGGGUGGUUAGAUAUUUCUUUGGUUUACAGCGAACAUGAACACACUCUAGACUGUUUUUUAUUACGUGCCCGUGAUUUACCGGCAAUUGAAAUAACAAAACCACCCGAUCCAUUUGCCCGAUUAAAUAUCAUCACUGAAUUUAAUAAACUUAAGCAAAAGAAAUGGCUUCAAACACGAACCGUGCACAAAACUCGAUGCCCGGAAUUCAAUGAAACAAUCCGUUUUUUCGGUGUGGAUCCUUCGGAGCUAACCCGUGGUCACCAAUUGUAUGUGGUGAUUUUGGAUGAAGAUAAAUAUGGAAGUGAUUUUUUGGGAAUUGCAAAAAUACCAUUAGCAUCAAUUGCUGAAGCAUCGAAUUGUCGAAUGUCACUGCCACUCUGUAUUCAAGACCAAUUUUGCCUAGAAGCAAGCCAAAUUAAUCAUAAUCGCGGAUCGAUUUUAAUAGCUCUCUGUUAUAAUACGAAAAAGCGUGCACUUGCCGUUCAAAUUAAGCGCUGUUCUCAACUAUUGGCCAUGGACAAUAAUGGGUUUUCGGAUCCAUUUGUGAAACUUCAAUUGAAGCCAGACUCACAUCGAAACAAAAAAUACAAAACAAGUGUUAAAUGGCGAAAUUUGAAUCCCGUUUUCAAUGAGGAAUUUUUCUUCGAGACUCGUCCCAACGAACUCGAUAAGCAGUCAUUAAUAAUUACCGUAUGGGAUAAAGAUCUUGGAAAGAGUAAUGACUUUUUGGGCUCACUUGUCAUUGGUCAUACUUCCAAAGGAAAACGAUUAAAACAAUGGAAAGAUUGUAUUCGCCUCCCGGAUCUCUUCCACGAUCAAUGGCAUUUCCUAUCAAAUGAUUCGCAUCCUUAUUAAUUAAUCAAUGAUUCUUAAUCUAGAUUUAAGUUGAAUACAAUUUGCAGCACAGAAUAAAAAAAAUACAAAUAAAAAUUGAUUAAAAUCCCAA